AAGAUAUCGAUGUUGUUAUCGAAGUGGCCCCUCCUCUAGUAAAAUCAAAACAAGAUAUAAAUGAAUAAUUUAGUUUAGAAAAUCCCCAAAAAAUAAGAACAGCAGCACAAUGAAAUUCCGCUUCUGUGGCGAGGGCGAUUGUCCUGACUGGGUCCUAGCUGAGAUCAUAUCCACACUAUCCAACUUGACCAUUGAAAACUUGGAACAACUCAGCGAUCUGGUGGCCCUAAGAAUUUGUGGACAGACAUUUGAGGAAUCAAAAAUAAAGUCGCUGACCUCCACACUUACAAAUGAGGGUAAGACCGCGGUGGCCUGCAUCCAUUUUAUGCUGAUUAAUGCAGCUCGCUACAGCUGUACUGAGAGUAUUUUUGGAGAGGAGAUUCAGCAGUUAGGGCUGCCCAAGGAUCAUGCUGCAGCCAUGUGCCGAGUCCUACAAAAGCAUUCCGCUGGCAUCCGCCAAACACUAAUGGAUAAAGCAUUCAAAAUUAACGAGCUGCAAAGCGUUCGCAACAUAACCUCGCCUGGAAAAACGCCCCCGAACUAUACCACCUUGGAAAUUAAAAUCUCGCAAGAACUGGUCGAUGGCCUGCCGAAGGACACCACUCAUGUUGUAAACAUAAGUCGCGACCAAGCUAAGGCUCUGCUGGCGGAGCUUAAACUGGCACGCGAUGUAAUGAAGAAAUAUGAAAACAAGCCUGAUUCCUAAAAAUAUAAAGUGCUUGAAACACCUUUGAUUGGUCUGCUUCUGCUUGGAAUACUUGCUUGAUUUGUAACACCCUGUUUGUUUAACACAGUUUUUGUAAAAACGAUUUACAUUUUAAUUGGAUAACUAAAUUACGAAAAAUAUAUGUAAUCAAAAAUUAAAUAAUUUCAGCUAUCGAAAAUA